CGGAUACCGUAUUUUAGAGUAGCAGCAUAUUACGACAACUGAAAAACGUCAAAAUUUUCAGAUUUUCAAGAUAUUUGCUGAAAAUAUUAAACUUGUCCAGUUUACUGAGGUUUACAAUGGAUGAUAAUCCUGUAGUGGAUAAAGAUGAUGAAGGAUUCGCAGACUGUGACAGUCCAGAAGAUGAUACAAUGGAAACCAAUCUUGCUGCUGAGGGAGAUGAUGAGUUGUUAAAUGGACCACGUGCUACUGUGUAUUACCGUGUGCCAAUAUCACCAACAGAAAAAGAACAACAGGGAGUUGACAUAUCUAAGGAAGAGAUUGAGGAAAUGAAAAAGAGUGAACCAUAUCAGAAAAAAAUAUCUACUUGUCACUUAUGUAAACAAUGUUGGUAUGAAAACCGGUUUAGCAAACAUUGCCCUGAAUGUGGUGGAUAUGGUUUACAGCGACCGUGUGUAGUCUGUUCAGGUCAGUGUGAUCAAAUGUGGCGGAGGGAUAUUGCCAAGACACACACAUUCCACAAAGCUCAUUGGGAAGGUCGCUGUGAUCUACCUGUAGAUAUCCAACAGGCGCUAAUGCAACAAACCGAGACAACACAGAGUGAGAGAACUAUAUCAGAUGGCCUACAGUGUCUAUCUACAACCUAGUCACACAACCAUAACUUGUACACAUAGUGACUUCUUGUUUAUAUACAUUCCUGGAAGAUUAGAAAUCUGUUUCUGUUGUUGAGGAAAUUGUAGAAAUGUUGCAAGUUCAUACUUGUAUGAAAAGCAUGUGUGUCAUAAAUCCCUAUACUAACAAUAUUAAGAGUCUGGUAUUUGUCUGAGAAAUUUAAUCAAAUUCCUUGCUUCAUGUACAUGUAAGUCUUCACAUUUUAAGACUUCCUAGUUUGGUUUUACAAGCACAUUUUGAUGUUUGUUUCUUAUAAAAUCUUUUAAGAAGAUAUUUUAGAAGCAUAGAAUGCAACCAAGCAAAAGAAUGAACUGUGUAAGAUUGUUAAUUUUCUUAAUGUGACACCGCGGAUACUGAUAAAGAAUGACAUCCUACAUGUUCCUCACUACCUUUAUUGAGAUCAAAAACUGCAGGGCAGAGAAGUGUUACUUAAGUAUGAACUUACUAGGGCUGUCAGUCACAAUAUUCAAUUAUUGAUGUAGAGAUCAUACUAAAAGUUCUUUGUAUACUUUGAUUUUGGUAAUGGAAUGUGAUUUAUACAUGCACCCGUUACAAAUAAAAUUGUAUUCAAUGGACUUCGUAUCUAUGGAAGAAUGAAUGGCAGUUGAUCUUAGUCAAAAUACUAAUUGGCAGCAAAUGCUUAUAAACUUGUGUGAUGAAGGGAGGUAUUAAGUAAUUGUAAUUUCCUAAGAUUGUAACUCUUCCAAAAUUAAUCAAAUUACUGUAGAAAUUUGGACAAAGCUCGCUCUUGAUUUUGUUUAUACAGUGCUAAAAUGGAAAAUAUAAAGUGUUUGGUGCAAGAUAUAUUUCACUGGUACUGCCAGUUAGGAAGGUUAUUCUAAACAACAUAUAAGAGAAAUUUGGGCAGUUUUAACAAAAUAGUGUUUAAUUAUUCUAUGUUUAUUGGACUGUUGAUCACUGUUGAAUGUAAAAUUAAAUACACCCAAAUAGAAUAUAUCCAAUAUAUUAUGUCCCUUUGAUAUCCAAGAAGAGUUAAAUUUCCUUAAUCACAAACUUUUCUUUUACACAAACAUUUUGAAUGUUCUUAACUAUACAUUUUUGCUUUAAGUGCUAUAAACGUAUUAAUUUUUGAGAAAUAUAAUAACAUUUACAUGUAUUUCAAAGCUUUUUAACUUCAUACUGAUGUUUUGAAAAAAAUAUGGUAUGGUCACUACUUAAUGUUUCAGAUCAAUGAUAUAUCAGUAGGUGAUUUUGGAAUAUCACAGAUGAAUGAAAAAUAACUUUUUGAAUAUUCAUAGGAAAAAGAAUACAAGUUUCAAGAAAAACUUUACUGUUAUUAUUACAUUCACUGAUCUUGCUUGUUGUACAAAAUCUUGUUAAAUUUCAAGAAAAAAAUCACUAUCUAACCUCUGUAUUGUUUGGAUGGGUCAUUUUUCCUGUCUGUCUAUAUAUCAUUGUAUUGUUAUUGAAAUAUUUGUACAAAAUAUUCAAACAGGUACAGCCCUAGAACAAGUACUGCCUACUUUAUAUCAUGUUUUUUUUUCUUUCUCACACAUUUUGAGAAAACCAGUGUAAAGGUAUUUUAUAUGUGCAUUUUACUGUUGGAAGGCAUUACAUGUAAAAAACAGAUUUACAUUGUCAUUUUUUGUUGAGUGUAGCUGAAUCACAAGCUCUUGGUAACCCACUAGAGAGUAGUUUCUAUUUUUAUACUUCAUUAGAGUUUCAUUUUUAGUACUGGACACUUCUGUGUGAAAACUAGAUCGUUACAGUCAGAAACUUAGACCAUAAUUAUGUUUCUGUAUACAUAUUGUUAAGGGGUGUAAGAGUAAAAUGUACAUGUUAAUAGCUGCCAAACUGUAGCAUAUUCUAGAAAAUAAAAGUGAUAUAUAGAAAUGUUGUGUAUAUUGAGAUUAUUGUUUGACAUGCAAUGAUUAACAUUAUUGUGUAUCUUCCUAUAAGUAGUAAAAAAAAUUAUUGCAUAGAAAUUGUAAAACAUAGCAAAAAAAUGGAAGCCUGCACAAAAAGCGUUUUUGGCACACUGUUUGACGUUACAAUAACUAAAAGUUUUGUUUAGAUACCGGUAUACAAUAUAUGACUCACAGAAUUCAUAAAACUGCAUGAUGUACCUUCAGCAGUUAUUGCGUUCCUAAAGUAAUUAACAGUCAGGUAAAGCCAUCGUGCCAAUAUAUGUUUAGUCAUUCAAAUAACCAUUUAAUACAUACCUUUUCCAUUUGAUAAUUGCAUAAUGUAGCACUAUAGGACCAUGGAUGUUCAUAAUAAUUGUGACUUUCGAAACCAUGUAAGAUAUCACUGUCCCUGAAACAUAUCGGCAUUUUGCUGAACAGAAACUUUAUUGGAAAGCAGGAGAACAGAAAUACAGCAUUUUUUUGGCUGUAAAUAAUGUACAGUUUGGUUAUUUUCCAACAAAAUCAUGAAUUACCUUGGUCAGUUUUUUUGUUGUUUUUUUCAGAGCUUUAGAUCUGAUUUAUUUCAUAGAUGUUGGCAUUACUUGCAUAUUUAAAAAAAUUAUUGUAUUCAAAAGAUACAAACAGUAAAAGAAUUGAACUUAAUAUGGAAAGUUAGACAGGAUUUUGUCAGCAAACUUACUUAGAUUACUUAGUAUAUUCAUAUUCAAACUCCUGAUGAAGAUCUUUUGAAAAUGGAAACUAGUAGAGACUAGCAACAAUAAAUUCUAUAAAACAUCCGGUGUUGGUCAUGUGUGUCCACUCUUAUAACCCUCCUAUUAUUUAAAUUAUAGAUAAGUUUUAGAUUAAUAUGAGUAUUUGAUAGAACUAUUUUUCUAAAAAAUAUUUACAUUUGCCCACAAAUUUUUUGUUAUUUAGUGAGCUUUGGAGUCUACUUACAUCAUGUUAUGUCAUUUCCUUAUUUGUUUAAAACUGUGUUUUGUAACUCAGUACCUGGAUGUAAAACUGAAGUAAGUCAAUGAAUUUAAGGAAUAAGUUCAGGGGUGGCAAAAUCUUGACUUGCUUGUCUGUUCUUGUCAUUUGCUAUUUUUAGCUCACAUGUCACAAAGUGACAAUGUGAGCUUUUGUGAUCAUGCAGCAUCCGUCCGUGCAUGCGUAAACUUCUGCUUGUGACCACUCUAGAGGUCACAUUUUUCAUGGGAUCUUUAUGAAAGUUGGUCAGAAUGUUUAUCUUGAUGAUAUCUAGGUCAAGUUCGAAACUGGAUCAACUGCGAUCAAAAACUAGGUCAGUAGGUCUAAAAAUAGAAAAACCUUGUGACCUCUCUAGAGGCCAUACUUGUGAAUGGAUCUUCAUGAAAAUUGGUCAGAAUAUUCACCUUGAUAAUAUCUAGGUCAAGUUCGAAACUGGGUCACAUGCCUUCAAUAACUAGGUCAGUAGGUCAAAUAACAAAAAAACCUUGUGACCUCUCUAGAGGCCAUAUUUUUCAUGGGAUCUGUAUGAAAAUUGGUCAGAAUUUUUAUCUUGAUGAUAUCUAGUUCAAGUUCGAAACUGGUUCAACUGCGGUCAAAAAUUAGGUCAGAGGUCUAAAAAUAGAAAAACCUUGUGACCUCUCUAGAGGCCAUACUUUUCAAUGGAUCUUCAUGAAAGUAAGUCAGAAUGUUCACCUUGAUGAUAGCUAGGUCUUGUUCGAAACUUGGUCACGUGUUUUUAAUAACUAGGUCAGUAGGUCAAAUAACAAAAAAGCCUUGUGACCUCUCUAGAGGCCAUAUUUUUCAUUGGAUCUAUAUGAAAAUUGGUCUGAAUGUUCAUCUUGAUGAUAUCUAGGUCAGGUUUGAAACUGGGUCAACUGCAAUCAAAAACUAGGUCAGUAGGUCUAAAAAUAGAAAAACCUUGUGACCUCUCUAGAGGUCAUACUUUUGAAUGGAUCUUCCUGAAAAUUGGUCAGAAUGUUCAUCUUGAUGAUAUCUAGGUCAUUUUCGAAACUGGGUCACGUGCCGUCAAUAACUAGGUCAGUAGGUCAAAUAAUAAAAAAUCUUGUGACCUCUCUAGAGGCCAUAUUUUUCAGUGGAUCUUCAUGAAAAUUGGUUAGAAUUUUUAUCUUGAUGAUAUCUAGGUCAGAUUCAACACUUGGUCACAUGAGCUCAAAAACUAGGUCACAAUGUUAAAUAAUAGAAAAAAACAACAUCAUACUCGGUUUAAAACUGGGUCAUGUGGGGACAGGUGAGCGUUUCAGGACCAUCAUGGUCCUCUUGUUUACUUGUACAUAUGAUAGUUAUAUAGUAAAUUCUGGUCAAAUUUCACUUGUCCGUACAAGCUUUGGGACAACCUGGGCUAUACGGACAAUUGAAUUUGCCGCCCCAGAAGUUACAACAGUUUUCUGUUAAGCCUUCAAAAUAUGACCUUUGACAUACUGUAAAAUCAGUUUUCACAAGGUACUAAUUUUCGCUAUUUUGCACGAACUGUCAAUGUUUGUGAAACUAAGUACUCACGAAAGUGCUUUUGUUGUAAUUAUCCUGAUACGUUUCACAAGAUGGCCAUUUAUCAUGAAUAUUGUACCUUGUAUCCAUACAUAUCAAACAUGUAGAGAUUAAGGGUAUGAAUGGGUCCUUUUAGUAAACACACUUCAAUAAGUAAAAAGAGCCUUUUUUGAGAUUAUAUAAUAAACAGAAAUGACUAAAUGCGUAUUAGAUAUUUGUUUCUUUUUUAUCCAUUUUAUUGCUUACUGUGGUUAAAUGUUAAUUUGUUUGUGGUGUAAAUGGUACAGAAAAUGAUGUAUUGAUCUUUGUUAUAUAUAAACUUAUUUGAUGUUGUUAAACAAAUGUUUUCAUAAUGGUUCUUGUAACAAAACCAAUGCAAGGUUAUGUAGCUUAAACUUAAGAAUGGCAGAUAUUCAGUUUUCCAUAACUUUGUUAAUAGCAAAUUUACUCAAAUGAAACUUUGCUGAGCUGUUUUUAGCUAUAGAAUACAUUUUCAUGCAAAGUUUCAUCACAAUCAGAUUCUAUGCUAAUCUAGCAAUGACAGAACAAAAAGAAAAUGCAGUAUUUUUAAGACCAAAAGAUUCACAGACGCUAAACUUUGAUAAAUAUGAUCUUUGAUCCAAAGACUCCAUGGUGUUAGGCAGUACAAUCUCUACUGUGUACAUGCCUGUAUAAAAUAAAAGCCAUAUUAUGGUCAAUUAAUGUAUUCAGAGUAUAAAUGCUGUUGUUGAUUAGAGAAUAGUAUAAAUGCUACUGCUGUUGUUUAUUAGAGAAUAGUAUAAGUGCUACUGUAAGUGUCUUGUGUAUUUGGAAGACUUAGAUUAACCUUUAGCCUGCUGGUGGUAAGUGAUUCUGCCUUUAGCCUGCUGGUGGCAAGUGAUUCUGCCUUUAGCCUGCUGGCGGCAAGUGAUUCUGCCUUUAGCCUGCGGGCGGCAAGUGAUUCUGCCUUUAACCUGCUGGCGGCAAGUGAUUCUGCCUUUAGCCUGCUGGCGGCAAGUGAUUCCGCCUUUAGCCUGCUAGUGGCAAGUGAUUCUGCCUUUGCGACCAGUGCAGACCAAGAUCAAACUGUCCAUGCAGGCUGAUCAUGAUCUGCACUGUUCGCUAUUCAGUCAGUAAAAUUUCAGUGAAUUGCCCAAAAUGAAUGAUGGACCAGUCCAUUUUAGAAAUUUAGCAGGGUAAAGGUUAAAAGAUCUUCAUUAUUUAAAGCAUGCAUAGUAUUCUUGUUACUUUUAUAAAUAUUAUAAUUAAUUGCAUAAUAAGAUUAGUGUUGUAUUGUUUUCAUUGUAUUUUAUAACUUAAUGAACAAAGUUCUAAAUGAGUAAUUUGUAAGUGAGUAAUUUGUACUUCCUGUCUGUAAGGUUACAUUUUUAUAUAAAGAAUAGGUAUAGUUUAUACAAAGUUCUGUAGCUUUUCAUUUAUUGUUUUGUUUUAUCAAGAAAAUGUAUACAAAUGAUUUAAUUUUAAGGGCAAGCAUCUUGUUCUAUAUCAAUUUUUUUCUCAAUUAUUAGGAAGUAGAUUUACUUUCAUUUGUAAUUAAGAAAUAGCAUAUCCUAAACAGUGGUUUUAUGCUUUGGUAACUUCACUGGAGUUCAGAUACAUAGGAAUUCUGUCACGAUGAAACAGCCUUAGUGAUGAAAUGGUAUGCAUCUGAAUGACAAUGAUUUUAGUCAUAUAUAAAAUCACAGAUAGGUUUUGGAUAUAUUAUUUGGAUUCUAAAACAGCUUACACCAAAAAAAUGCCUGUUUUGUGUUGUAUUCAGUUUUAGCAUGCCGCUAUUACAUAUUUGCUACAAGUUACUAACAGUGAUUUCAGUGUAUGAUAAUGUCACACACUUAUCAACCUUUAUGUACUAGGAAAACAAAAAGGAUCAUGUUAUUAUUGUAUAAAAAAUGGAAGUAAAAGAGUGAUUCAGUGAGCUUUCAGCAAUAUUUUUUUUAUAAAAUAUUCGUCUGUGUGUCUAGUAUGUAAAAUAUAUAAAAAAAAAAUCUCUUACAGAUAUCUGUCCUGACUAUUCAGGUUGUACACCUACUAACUAUAAAUGCUUUUCUUGUGAUAAAAGUGAAUAUACUGAUUUUCAUGGGCUAAAUACAUUCAUGUCCUGUUAGGCUCCAGGAGCUGUUGUUAUUAUUCCACAAGCUUAUUCAUCUCAAAAUUAAGAUGUAGGGAAGAAAGUCCCUUUAAAUAUUGCAAUUUAUGAGGUUUACAUUUUUCAAUAUAUUUGAUAGUAUGCAUGUGUCGAGAGUUUGGUUUCUCUUCAGCCCUUGAUUUUUAGUGGCUCCCUCAUAGUAGAGGUUUCUUCUCAUCAGCAUCAAGCGUAGAAUUGAGAUAUAGCUCUGAAUUAGAUUUGAGGUCAGGUGUUUUUAUUUUCAGACAGUAAAAAGUUAUUGUUUUGGAUUCAUAUCCCAAGAUGACUGAUGUUUUACCAUAGUUACAAUGUUAAGGACGCAUGUGGCAGUUUAGGUUAAAAGGAUUCCCAAUAAUAGAAUUUGUUCAAACUUUGUAUAUGAACACAGUGUCAUGUUAGAAACAGAAUAUUGAAAAAAAAAUCAAAGGUCACUAUGCUUGUUCAGAAGUUGUCUGCCCUUGAAUAUGCAAAUUUGAAGAAAAAUCCAGUUUUUAGGGCAGAUAACUCCUAAACAAGCAUUGGUGACCUAUUAUUGUUUUUGCAUUUUUCUGUUUCUAACAUGAAACUGUGUUCAUAUGCAAAGUUUGAACAAAUUCUAUUACUGGGAAAUUGUUGCCCCAUCUCUCAUACAAGAAACUGCAGCAAGUGUCUUUAAGUUUGUUUCAAUUCUUUCAUUUAUUGCUAUCUUAAACUGUUCAAUACAUCACUUUAUAAGUGCCAAAUUCAUUUCAAUUUUGUAUAAGAAUUUUUUGCAAAAAUCUUCAAAAUAGUUCCAUUUAUACAGCUUAUCAAAGAAAGAAUUCAAAAGAAACUGAAAUUCUAGAGCAGGCUUUAAUAUUUAACUCUGAAUAUUCAAUAAAACAGAUAUACCCACCCCCCACCCUACCAUUUUGUUUAUACAUGUUUUCUUAAAACUUUUAUAUAAGUAUCAAGAAGUUUUUUUGUAAAAGAACGAAGAGCUUUUAGAAGUUUGUUAUGUAAAUGUGUAAAAUUUAAACCAAAAUUAAGAGUAUAUUUUGAUCUCUUAAAAGUGGAGUAAGUAAAAAUUAUGCAACACUGUUUUAAUACUAUAUUCUUUUGUUGAAUUAAGAAUAACUGUAAGAGACAGUUAAUAUAAACAUCCUAGAACCUCCAUGUAUUUACAUAAAAAUAAGAGAGGUCUUUAAUUUUCCAUAUUGAGGUGCAAAUUUCAUAAUGGGUGCGAGCUUACAUUCUUGGGAGUUGUUGCAUAAAACAAAGGGGUUUUUUAACGGAUAUAUUUUCAAUUUUACUCAGAUUAGAGAACAAAUUUGUAUCAUUUACAUGUGUAGCUGACUAUGUAAUAAACAGGUUAUUAGUUAUAUAUCUAGAAAUAAGCACUCGUUUUUACCUUGUAGGUUGGACACCACUAAAUGUGGCUGUUCUCUAUUUCAUAUAGAAUCCAUUUACUUAAUAAUGUUAUUUCAACUUAUAUUCCCGUAAAGUACUAUAUCGCUACAAUAAAAAAUGGAAAAAGGGGUGUUAACAUGUAUAUAAAAAGCUACACUCAUUCUGAAUUUACUUCUUUUGGCUUCUUUCAGUGUCUCUUUUCAAGGCAUAAAGUUCUUAAGCUAUAUUUUUAUGUAGCAUGCGAUAGGAACAUAUUGAUUUCAAUAGAAUGCUACACAUACAUAGUGAAAGACAGUAGAGUAAAAGAAGAUCACAAUUCUAUUGAAAAGGGGCAUGACAAAAGGAAGAGAGGUUAGAACUUCAUAUCUUUGGGCUACUUGUGACUACACCUACAUAAGCUCCCAUUUACUUCGAUAGUUAUCAGCCUGGAAGAAUAUUGUGCUCCUAAAGUCGUUCAGUAUUUUUAAUGCAGAAUUCAUACAUAUUUCUCAAUACAAAUCUGAAUGACAUAUAUUAUAAAUUAUCAAGUGUUGUGUGUUUACAAGUUUUGUUUUUCACACUGGCUUGUUUCCUAUCGUGUUUAUUUAAAGCAAGAAAUUUAAAAAUGUAAAGGUAAAUUUUAUUUACCAUUGCUUUGUGAAACAAUGAACAUAAGCUCUGUAGAGCUUUUAAACAACUCUAUUUUAAGAACAGUUAAAACCAAUUAUACCUUACCCCCAUCAAUUUGCUGGUACCCAUUUACAGCUGGAUGGACUAAGGCAAUUGUGACAAAGUGCCUUGCCCAAGGACACACCGCAGUGGGAGUAGCCAGGAAUUGAACCCGGGGCCUUCACCUCCGUAAGAAAGCAUCUUAGCCCUCUCAACCAAUGCGUCCACUAUUUCAAAUAUCUUUGGAUUCAUAAAAAACAGCUUUAUUGAACCCAAAGUAAUAAAUCUACUGAAAAGUGGGGUACAUUGGCUUCUACCUUGCCCUCUUUAUUUGUUACAAAAACUGGUGUUAUUAGUAUAGUUUAUACAUUUUUGUUAGAUUCAUUUCAAUGAAAUAAAAGUAAUUGUCAGAACUUAAGGUCAUAGGUUGAUUCCUUAAAACUAGUUACUGUGACAUGUAUUCUAAAAUGGCAGGAAUAAUUUGGUUUAUGAAAGACUUUCACAGAAAAUACAUGAUCAGACACAGUGACCUUGUCAUUUGGGUUUCUCGAAAAAAUUGUUAGGUAAACAAGUUUUAUGCACUUAAAAUAGUUUUACAGAUGGCAAGUGUCACUAAGUCUUCUUGGAUAAUGCUUGUGUAUGUUUUUGUACUUUAGCUACUGUUUUUUAGUCUUUGCCUUUAAUCCAGUGAAGUAUUAUAAUAAACUGUGUUGAAGGCUUUUUGUUGGUAUUGAUGUAAAAUUUGUGCUCAUUUCUGUUCAUAUUAAAAGGCUGCCAAUAGCCUAGUUUAUGUAUUUGAUAUUGUAACCAUUCUGUCAUGCUUCCCAGUCCUAACAAAGCUUCCGCAUGAUAAAAUUUCAAAUAGAUCUGUUUUAUUUUAAUUAUAUUGUAUUUGCUAACUUAUUUUGUUGGUUAUUUAUAAUAAAUAGAGCAUAUUUUCAUUCAUAUA